AUGCAAAUACGACGCAUUAGCGACGGUUCUCGUUGGUGGUAUCGAAAGGAAGGAAGAUCCGGAUCGUGGAAGAGGAGGGCGUUCGUCCACGAGCACCACGAGGCACCCUUUGUAAGUUUCGCGCACGAGGUUCGCGUCGUCCCGUAGAGUCCGCCACGCCGCCCACGUCGUCGCCGAUUAUCUGGAGGUAUACGUGAAAGUGAAAUUGCAAUAAUUACCGGCGGCACGGAUCGCAAAUCCUGCAAUACGGUAGUCGGUAGGCGGUAUGGCCUACCAACAGGCGCAUACAGGUAUACGCAAGCUCUUUGUCGGACGGAGGUGGAGUACGGGUUAUAUUGGCGCCACCUCCUGCACGGUUAA